AUGAGAGGCAAAGAGAAAGACACUUUGGGGAAAUCCCUGACUGACUUCGGGAACGAAACUACGAUUCACGGUGUUCAGUACAUCGUCAACAAAGACAAUAUUAUCUACCGGCUGUGCUGGGUUGUUAUCUGCAUCGGAUUCCUAGUCGUAUUCAUUAUCCAGGGAAGCGACAUCAUCACCGACUUCCUGCAGUGGCCGUACUCGACAAAGAUCGACAUCGUCGGAAGACCCAGCCUAACUUUUCCGGCGGUGACCGUGUGCAAUGCGAACAUGAUGAGGCGAUCGCAGCUUGUUGAUACUCGAUUCGAAGGCCUGAUUGCUCUCGACGGCGGAGUCAGCGGUGCCGACUACGACUACUCCUGGUGGUUUUCCUCCGACUUCGUCAACGGUUUCGAACAAUCUUCGAGUAGUGUUCAACGGAAAAAGCGUAGCCCGCCCGCUUCGAUCGACUAUGACAUGUUUUCGUGGUACGACCCCUCCGACGUUUCCGACUUCCAAUACUACGCUGACAACUGGGACACGGUGACCAGCGGUGACGACUGGACUGGUUUUUAUAUGUCAUCGAGGGCCGACGACUACAGCGACUUCGUCGACGUGGUUAACCCGACGAGGGCAGAACUAACUGAUUACGGUCACCAGCUGGAAGAUUUUGUACUACAGUGUACCUUUGAUCGACGUCAGUGUAAUAUUAGUGAGGAUUUCUACGUGUGGCAGAAUCGGUACUACGGUAAUUGUUUCACCUUCAACUCUGCUCUGUCCCCGGCUAACCAGACCAGGACCACGGGUAAAACCGGUGGACUCAGUGGUUUACAGUUGACGCUUUUCGUGGAGCAACCCGAGUAUUUAGGAAUCCUUUCUCCCCACACGGGGGCAAAGGAAUAUAUCAAGCGCCUGGGAGGCUUCUACACGAAUUGCACUAUUGACGGUGACGAUACCAACUUUACUUCGUCAGAAUACAUUUACUCGAAGGCGGCGUGUAAGAAGAUUUGUUAUCAGCUCCAUCUGAGUCAAUUCUGUGGAUGCGUCGACAACCAAUUCUUUGACGAUUACCCGACAAAAUGUGACGUGCUCAACGCGACGCAACAGUGGUGCCGACAGUACGUUGAAGACAGGUACCUCGACGAUGAAUUGGCUUGUGUGUGUCCGUCCCCUUGCGCGGAAACCAAAUAUGUUAAGACGGCAUCCUCCUUGCUGUGGCCCUCAGAACGGUAUGAGGAGCAUCUUCUUCGCCGUUUGAACGCAUCUUCGCAUAGUAAUGCCGUACGAAUAUUAGCAAGCAGCGAACUGAGCAGCAAGAAUCUCAUUCGUGUAAAGAUCUUUUACGAGGACCUAAACUACGAAUUCGUGGAAAUGGUUCCAGUUUACACCAUCCCCAGUGUUCUUGGUAGUGUCGGCGGUCUCAUGGGAUUGUACAUCGGAAUGUCUUUCAUCAGCGUCUUCGAAGUCCUCUCCCUCCUCCUCCGAAUAUGUAGGAUCGGUUUCGCUAAGCUCUUCUUCAACGGCGAACGUGUUCUGCCAAUCAAAACCUGAUGGACCAACGUCUCUUCACUUCGCCGAAGAUCAGAUUAACCGGACUCUUUUUCUGCGAUCGGACAGAUCCGACUAAAGCCUCUUCCUUUGCUUAUAAUAUUGACAAUUAACAUUGGGAUGCAGUCGGUAAGAGAUUUGGAAAUCGGCGUCAUUGUCGUCCAUUUCAAAUUUUGAAGAUCUCCCUUCCACCCCGCUGUGCCGUGUAGCCGGUAAAAGCCAACUUUCUGCAACCCCUUCUUUAUGAAAAAAAAUCAGACUGAUCAGACACUUCUUCCGCGAUAGUUGGGAGUCAAUGGAGGAUCAGUUUCUUUUAAAAGUCUCUUUUACAUCCUUUCAAAAUGUUGAAGAUCGGUGAUACUGAACUCCUCGAAAAACAUGUAGUGCAGCUAAUGAAGUCUACAUGGAUAAGCAUCUCCAAAGUCAAGUCUCAUUUUAGUGGAGAUCAUUUCCGAAAUUGGAUAGUCUAUUAAAUUUCGAAGAACCGGUUCUUCCGAGUUUUCGUUCUUGUCUUCCGAAUAUUGAAUUGGUUCGCAUAGCAAAACAAUAUCGUAAGGUUUUCUCAAUCAUCAUGUGCAGUGGGUAAAAAGAUUGAAAUCAUUUUUUUUAAAGACAUCAUUUCUCUUCAAAUACUGAGGAUUUGUUGACCAAUAUUCUUUUGUUAUGAUUGAGGGGAUUCAGUGAAUGUCGGAUCACUUUCUUCCGUUCUGGAGAGUGGAGGUUGUUCUCCUGGGCAAUUUGUAUGCGAUUGAACUUUUCCGACCAUGAAACAAAUAUUUAUUUAUAUUUUAUCCCGAUUAUUCUGUAUGUGUUUGACAGAAUGAAUAAAUAAGUGUGAUGUAUGCCAAUCUUAA